AUGACGGAGCGGACGGGAAAGGAUGCCCGGGCUCCCCACGUGGCGGGAGGCGCGCCCUCCCCCGCGCCGGCCGCGGAGCCCCUGCCCCGACGUCGAGACGGCGGCCGCCUCCGGGCGAGUCAGACCUCGGACGCCCCGCGGGUCGCUGCGGCCGCACCCGCGCCCUCGGACGCGCUGCUCCUCUCCCGGCGCGGCCAGGGCGCGGACCCUGGCGGGAAGGCGCAGGACCGGCAGCCGCGGCCGGACGUGGGCCGGGCGCACCCGAGGCUCGAAGCCGCGAGCGGGGCGGGAGCCGACAGCCCCGGGCCCCCGGGGGAGGGCCGAGGGCCGCUGCACGCUGCUGCCAACACAGCGCUGCGCCCCGCGGGCCCGGGGCAGAGCCGCAGCCCUCCGGCCUGGGAGCCCCGGGGCCCGUGGCGCGCGUCUGGCCCCGAGCCGCCCGAAGGCCCCCGCGGCGCCCCCGGCACCCAGGGCGCGGUGUGCCCGCUCAUGAGCCGGCCGGAGGGCAAGGCUGGCGACAGCUGCGGGCCGGCGGGUGCCCACAAGGGGCUGCCCAGGGGCCUGUCCCCGUCCCGGCAGCCGGGGCCCCUGUGCCCCGGGAGCCACGCUUGGCCCGGGGCCGCGGGUAAAGCCGCCACGCAGCCCGCCGUGCUGGACGUGGAGGAGGAGGAGGGCGGCUUCGCGGCCGAGGGCCCCACGGGCCCGCUCCUCAAGGGCAAGCCGCGGCCUCUGGCGGGCCCGGCGGCCGCAGCAGGCGCCGCGCCCGCUGCGCCGGGGCCGGCCCCCGGGGGCGCCGGCCUGGUCCCCAAGGAGGACUCCCGCCUCCCCGCGCCCAGGGUCUCCCCGGCCGAGCAGGACGCGCCGGCGCCCGGGUGCUCCCCGCUGGCCACCACAAUGAUGGACUUUAUCCACGUGCCCAUCCUGCCCCUCAGCUCGGCCUUCCUGGCGGCCCGCACCCGGCAACUGCUGGAAGCGGAGACCUACGACGCGGGCGCCUUCGCUGCGCCGCGGGGCUCGCCCGCCGCCCCCUGCGCCCCGCUGGCGGCCGGCGACUUCCCCGACUGCGCGUACCCGCCCGACGCCGAGCCCAAGGACGACGGCUUCCCGCUCUACGGCGACUUCCAGCCGCCCGCCCUGAAGAUCAAGGAGGAGGAGGAGGGCGCCGAGGCGGCGGCGCGCUCCCCGCGGCCGUACCUGCCGGCGGGGCCGCACUCCUGCGUCUUCGCGGACGCGCCGCCGGCGCUGCCCCCGCUCCCCCCGCGAGCGCCGUCGUCCAGGCCCGGGGAAGGGGCGCCGGCCGCCGCCGCCGCCGCCGCCGCCGCCGCCGCCGGCUGCUCCGUGUCGUCGGCGCCCUCGCCGGGGCCCACCCUGGAGUGCGUCCUGUACAAGGCGGAGGGCGCGCCGCCGCCGCAGGGCCCGUUCGCCGCCGCGCCCUGCAGGGUCCCGGGCGCCGGCGCCUGCCUGCUACCCCGGGACGGCGCGGCCGCCGCUGCCUCGGCGGGGGCCGCGGGGGCCAGCCCUGCGCUCUACCAGCCGCUCGGCCUCGGCGCCCUUCCGCAGCUCGGCUACCAGGCGGCCGUGCUCAAGGAGGGCUUGCCGCAGGUGUACCAGCCGUACCUCAACUACCUGAGGCCUGAUGCGGAUGCCAGCCAGAGCCCACAGUACAGCUUCGAGUCCGUACCUCAGAAGAUUUGCUUGAUCUGUGGGGAUGAAGCAUCAGGCUGUCAUUACGGCGUCCUGACUUGUGGGAGCUGUAAGGUCUUCUUUAAAAGGGCAAUGGAAGGGCAGCAUAACUAUUUAUGUGCUGGAAGAAAUGACUGCAUUGUUGAUAAAAUCCGCAGAAAAAACUGCCCAGCAUGUCGCCUUAGAAAGUGCUGUCAGGCUGGCAUGGUCCUUGGAGGUCGAAAAUUUAAAAAGUUCAAUAAAGUCAGAGUUAUGAGAACAUUGGAUACUGUUGCUCUCCCACAACCUGUGGGCAUUCCAAAUGAAAGCCAAGCUCUAAGCCAAAGAAUAUCUUUUUCACCAAGUCAAGAUAUACAGUUAAUUCCCCCAUUGAUUAACCUGCUAAUGAGCAUUGAACCAGAUGUGAUCUAUGCAGGACAUGACAACACCAAACCUGAUACCUCCAGUUCUUUGCUGACGAGUCUUAAUCAACUAGGCGAGAGACAACUUCUUUCAGUAGUCAAGUGGUCUAAAUCAUUGCCAGGUUUUCGAAAUUUACACAUUGAUGACCAAAUAACUCUCAUCCAGUAUUCUUGGAUGAGCUUAAUGGUGUUUGGACUAGGAUGGAGAUCUUACAAACAUGUCAGUGGGCAGAUGCUAUAUUUUGCACCUGAUCUAAUACUAAAUGAACAGAGGAUGAAGGAAUCAUCAUUCUAUUCAUUAUGCCUCACCAUGUGGCAGAUCCCACAGGAGUUUGUCAAGCUUCAAGUUAGCCAGGAAGAGUUUCUGUGUAUGAAAGUAUUGCUACUUCUUAAUACAAUUCCUUUGGAAGGACUAAGAAGUCAAAACCAGUUUGAAGAGAUGAGAUCAAGCUACAUUAGAGAGCUCAUCAAAGCAAUUGGUUUGAGGCAAAAAGGAGUUGUCUCUAGCUCACAGCGUUUCUACCAACUCACAAAACUUCUUGAUAACUUGCAUGAUCUUGUCAAACAGCUUCAUCUGUACUGCUUGAAUACAUUUAUCCAGUCCCGGGCACUGAGCGUUGAGUUUCCAGAAAUGAUGUCUGAAGUUAUUGCCGCACAGUUACCCAAGAUCUUGGCAGGGAUGGUGAAACCUCUGCUCUUUCAUAAAAAGUGA